AUGUGGUUAGAGGUCAUCCCACCUCUGUCACCAGGAACAACCCUUGAUGUCCCCUCUGUUCCCAUUUCAGCUCCAAACCCGGUCAGAAACCUGAGUGUGGAAACUCAGACCAACAGCUCCAUCACCCUGAGCUGGGAUGAACCAGAUGGUCAUGACCCAGUUGACCUGACCUACUGGGUCCAGUGGCCUGGAGAUGAUGGCAACUAUAAAAAUAAAAGCACAGCAAACACCAGUGUCAUGGUGGAUGGCCUUGCUCCUGCUUCUACAUAUGAAUUUUCCGUGCGGGUUGAAAAAGAUGGAAUCAGAAGCACCACGGUGACCCUCAAGGCCUCCACAGCUCCAAAUCCAGUAAGAAACCUGAGUGUGAAAACUCAGACCAACAGCUCCAUCACCCUGAGUUGGAACACACCAGAAGGUCAUGACACAGUUAACCUGACCUACUGGGUCCAGUGGUCUGGAGAUGAUGUCACAGAUGUAACUAAUAGCACAGCAGACACCAGUGUCGUGGUGGAUGACCUUAAACCUGCUUCUACAUAUGAAUUUUCCGUGUGGGUAGAAAAAGAUGGAAUCAGAAGCACCACGGUGACCCUCAAGGCCUCCACAGUCCCUAAUGCUGUGAUGAGUCUCAGGAUCCAGAACCAGACUGACAGAUCCAUCACCUUGAGCUGGACAGCACCAAUGGGUUCCCGUGAUCCCAGCUACACCUACUGGAUCUCAUGGACUUUGGAGAACAAUUCUGUCACCGGAGUAGAACACACCAAUGACACUAAUAUCACAUUAGAGACCCUGGAACCUGGGAGCUGGUACAACUUCACUGUCUGGGCUGAGAGGAACAAAGUCGGAGGUUAUCACAGUAGUGUUCGUGGACCUACUGUCCCAGCUGCUGUCAGCAACCCCUCCUGUGUCAGCACCUCUGGGGGCUACGGGGUCAUUCUGACCUGGUCCUGCCCAUCUGGAGGUUAUGACACCUUUAAGGUGGAAGUGGGCGGACAACAGAAAAACCUGUCUUUCUGUGGGAAGGGCAUGUCUGUGUCAGAUCUUGGGCCAGCUCAGUCUUACACGGCCACCAUCACAACUGUUUUGGAUAUUUUGAAGGCCUCACCCGUCUCUGUGACCUGCCACACAGAGAGUGUAGGGGUCAUUGUGGGAGCCAUCGUGGGCAUCCUCUUGCUUUUCAUCCUUGUGGGCCUCCUGAUUUUCUUCUUGAAGAGAAGAAGAAAGAAGAGCCAGCAGAAGGAAACGCCCAAGGAUCUGGUGUUCAGCGUCCCAGGGGAUAUCCUAGUCAAAGACUUUGCUGACCACGUCAGGGUGAUGGAGAAGGACAGCAACUAUGGAUUUGCUGAGGAGUAUCAGCAAUUGGCUCUGGAGGGCCAAGGCCAGGCUCAGACGACAGCAUUGGCUCCAGAGAACACAUCCAAGAACCGCUUCAGGAAUGUACUGCCCUAUGAUUGGUCUCGGGUGCCCCUGAAGCCCCUUCAUGAUGAACCAGGCUCUGACUAUAUCAACGCCAGCUUCAUGCCUGGUCUCUGGAGCGCCAAGGAAUUUAUUGCAACCCAGGGUCCCCUGCCUCACACUGUGGGUGAUUUCUGGCGUCUGGUGUGGGAACAGAAGAGCCACACCCUGGUCAUGCUGACCAACUGCAUGGAGUCUGGACGGGUGAAGUGCGAGCAUUACUGGCCUCUGGAUGCUCAGCCCUGCACGCAUGGGCAGUUGCAAGUGACACUGAUGAGUGAGGAGGUGAAAGAGAACUGGACAGUGAGGGAUCUUCAGCUCUUCCAUGUGGGAGAGCAGCAGACUCACUCUGUGCGCCAAUUCCACUUCCUGGCCUGGCCAGAUCAUGGAGUUCCUUACUCCCCAGACUCUUUGCUGGAUUUCCAAAAGGUGCUGCGGGAGUGGGUGGACCAGAGCAUGGAUGGGGGUCCUCCCAUUGUGCAUUGCAGCGCUGGUGUGGGCCGGACGGGCACCCUCAUUGCAUUGGACGUCCUACUCCGACAGCUGGAGUGUGAGGGGCUGGUGGGUCCCUUCAGCUUCGUGAAGAAGAUGAGAGAGAGCCGGCCAUUGAUGGUGCAGACAGAGGCCCAGUACAUAUUCCUCCACCAAUGCAUCUUGAGGUUCCUCCAGAAGUCAGCCCUCAUCCUAAAGGAAUCAGUCUAUGAGAAUGUGCCAAACUUCGUUUACGAGAAUGUAGCUGCCAUCAGAGCCCAUGAGUCUGAGGUCUCAGCUACUGGGUGCUGAGCCUACACACAGAAAUAAUCAGGCUGGAUAUGGACCCCUUCUGAAGCCCAGAAUUCUGAACCUCCAAGAGAAGUGAGGUUUGGAGUCUCAGCCUCCCCAGCCCAUUGGAAAGCUAUCUCCUGUUGUCCACGGACAGGAUGGGACUGCUAUACUUCUAAUAUGAACCUUGUGGGAGCUGGGAGCCUAAGGACAGGGGCAACAAGGGGAUUUCCUGUUCUUUGAGUGGAGGUGGCUGUGACUGGGGCAUGCAGGGUCUCAAAGAAAUGGACUGGAGCCUGGAUUUAGAAGAAAGAAUCAGGAUCUGGAAUUCUGCUACCUGGUGAACAAGGGCGGGCAGGCACCUGCCCCUCCCCCGAUUAUUUCAGAAAAUCAGUCUCCUUGAAUCAGAGGCUGAAGGGAGUCCCUUUGCUUGUGGUCUCCGUGCAACCUGUGCCUGCACAUUCUUUCCGUUCAUAUAAUUUAUUGAACUAUU